AAAAGAUUCGUUUAAUGAUCUGGUACAGAUUACAGACAAGAAUCUUUCCACACCAAAAGGUGGCAGUGUUCGUCGCACUUUUUUUCUUUUAAUAUAACCCGCCAAACUCACUUCGCGUCAUGUGUUGCAGAAAUGGCGACUCGAGCCAAAUCAGGUCGUGGUAGGAAACGGAAGAGUGACGUGGAUGCAGAAGCAGCUGUAGUGGAGGAGAAGAAAGAAAAACUUGAUGGAGAUGACAAAAAAGAUGAAGAAAUGGGACAAAGGAUCGUCAUUGAGCAUUGCAAAAGCUGACGGGUCUAUGGGCGGAAUGCUGAAGGUGUGCGUGAGGCACUUGCGGCUUCGCACCCUGAACUUUGUGUGGUGCUCAAUCCUCAGAAACCUCGGAGGAACAGCUUUGAGAUCAUGCUGAUGGAGGGAGACAAAGAGGUUGUUUUGUGGUCUGGCAUUAAGAAGGGUCCUCCACGCAAACUAAAGUUUCCCGAUCCCGCUGAAGUGGUUUCUGCUCUGAAGGAAGCGUUGAAGAGCUAGUAGAGGUUAUAAGGAGACGGUCAGUCAUCUUUGUUCCUGGACACUGGAUGCAUAAUGAUGUAAAUGGACUAAUGGGAAAAUGUCCCCGUCUGUUUUCUGAUGAUCGGCUCUGUUGUUCCAGACCGGAUAAUUGAUCUCGCCUUGUUUCUUCUGUUAAACUCUCCCAAGUCUUUUUCAUGUUCUUUUCUGACAUGAUUACUUUAACAUUGCUAGUUCCUGUCUCUGUACUCGCUGUUAAUGUUUGGUUAAUCACUUUUAUACUGUUUAUGUGCAUUAUUAUGAUGCUAAUUUUGCUUAGUCAAAAAUAAAGUCUAGAGUAUAGUUA